AUGUUUUUUGAUUUUUCGGAAUACACAAAACCACUAUUUAAGAAAUUGGUAAAAAGUGUUGAAGACCAGAAGUUUUCUGUUAUGGCUUAUAGGUGUAUGGUAUACAAAAAAGAAGGUUUAUUUUGUAGUAUAUACGGGAAUUCAGUAGGAUUCGAAGAAUUUCAUUCGGAAAAAAAAUCUGCCAUAUUGAAGUUCCCCGAAGAAAAUUUGCCUCUAUUACACCCAGAAAUUUUGAAAAUAAAAGAGGCUAAAUUUCGGGAUGUCCAAGACCUGGCUGCGAAAUAUGUCCCACCUCAUAAUUUAUGGUUCUAUAACAAUCUAGUCGUUGAAGCUGAAUGA